AUGAAGAAACUCGUGCGCAAACUCUCGACACGAAAGCCGGACCACCACCAGAAUUUUGCGAUAUCACCAGGGAGGAACGCGGAGCCAUCAGCCUCAAGUCCUUCGGACACACACUCUAACUCGUCCCUCAACCUCUCCACCGCAGAUAUCAAAUCCCCCUCGGCAUCUGGCACGCAACCGGGCUUCAUCCCAUUCGGCACGACGCUCUAUUUCCAAGGCUGCCCACACUCAACACCACCGACGCCACGACCAGCAUACAUCCCACCAGUUCUGCUCACACAAGUCUCGUCACCAAGCUCGACCUCGAACCACUCGCGUUCCAGAUCAACAUCUUCCGUCGCGGCCUCCACCACUCCGGCCACACACACCGGAACCGGCACAACCAUCCCGCAAGCCAGAGAAGCCACGGUGAUCAACCAAUUCUUCACCUCGCCACGCCAAUGCUUCGACUGCUCGCUGGCGUCCGCGCGCUCAGCGCAGCGCAUGGCCCACGAAGCCUUCGACGCCAAGAUCCGCCGUGGCCGGCUGCGCAUCGGGCUCGCGUGCGCUGAUCUCGCGAGUCUGGAGACUCAGGCGCGGCACACACGUUUAUUGCCAGGCGAUGCUGAUCCUGACACUGACACUGACACUGAGGUUGGGAUCGUCCAGCAGCGUGUCAGUGGCCUGCGAGGUGAGAUCUUCCAAGCAAAGGAAAUCGUGCGUGACUGGGUUGCGAAGCGUGAUGGGCAGGUCCUCGCGCUGUGGGACGAGGUGAGGGCUUCGUGGGAUGGGGCUGUGAGGGAGGUGGUCAGGGAUGAUGGGUCGGGCGAGGGGUUGGAGAAAUGUGUUUUUCGAAUGAGGGUUUUGGGGGUUGCGGAUGCGGAUGCGGAUGCGGAUGGGAUUGUGGACGCGAGUCAGAGUGUUGGUGAUAGGAGACCACAAGGGGUUGAUCAUGAUGAUAUGGAGAUGGAGAUGGAGGGCGGAGUGAGAAUUGAUGUUGUUUGGGAAACGGUUGGAUAG